AACUUCUUAAUCGUGUAUGAGCACCUCGCAGUUCAAGAAGAGAGGGGAAGUGGACACACUGUGAGUGGUGAGUAAUGAGACAGCCAUGGGGCUGUCAAUUGAGCCCUGGCGUCCUGACUCGCAGCUCAGCAACAUAACUGCUUUUCCAUCCUGCCUUGCUGGUGUUCUGUGCACUGGUUUCUGUCGCUGCAUGUGUGUACUCUGUAGAAUACAACAGCAUUAAAGAGCAGGAGAUGGCUUCGCAAGAAAGUCAAAAGUCAACGAUCACCUGAGGCCCCACGCCAAGUUUCUAUUCCCGGCCACAUCCCCGCCCUAGUGGUGGUUGAUGUAACCAGAGCUCCAGCCCCGCCCGAAGUAGGGGCCAGGCCCCUCCUACAGUCUUGGCAGUUUAAAACCAACCUCCGUUCGUGUCAAUUAGUUCUGCUUCAAAACAAAGGGGAGGAGGAAUACUUGCUUUAGGUAUGCUUGCAGCCUGAAGGCAGCAAGUUGGUUUACGGGUUCGGGUCUCGUGUCGGGGCCACCGCGGUGCCUCCGGCUGUUAAAACCAGCCCCUGGAUGAUGCCAGCCUGGUAAUAAAGCGGUGACUACUAUGUAAAGGUGGCAUAAUCAUUGCAACAAUAACAACCGUAAUUUGGCUAAUCACCAUCCGCCUCCGCCCUGGCGUUCGUCCUGACUCAUCCCAGCGGCACGCGGGCCAUUGGGGAAGAAACUGAGGCAGAGGCGGAGCCAGCAGGCUGGCGGCACCAAUAGCCCUCAGUUCUGCAGCUCUCGGGGUCCAAAACCUGUUGUCUAGGAUCUGCCCUAAAGGGCCAAACCCCGGAGCGCCCACAAAGCUCGAUUCUGAUGUAAGGUCUUUGACGUUGGUGUCCUCGCGUCCCCACCCCAGGCCGCGAGGCUCUGAACCCCCUAAAGCCCUAGAGUAAGACCCGUUCAGAGCGCUGGGACUGGAAUCCAGACUACAAUUCCCUUAGGCCUUUGCGCGCCAAGGCGCGCUUCUUCCCCACACCUCCGAUGACUCCCGAGGCCACUUGCGCCGCGACGCCUCCUGGGAGUUGUAGGGCGGUGGCGUGUCCUUUUGAGCGAGUUCGCAAGCCUGGGGACUCUAUAUCCCGUGGUACCCCGCGGCUGUUUCUGACGCGACCGGGAGGCCAGGGAGGUGGGGGGCGUAGCUUAUGCAGGGCCCCACCCCGCUCUGCUAAGGCCGGCCGGACAAGGCAGUGGCAGUAAGGGCGGCGGCGGCGGCGGCGGCGGCCGGGGGAGGGGUUGGGCGGGGGGCUGGCGGCGGCGGCGGAUGGACUCGCGGGUAUCGGAGCUGUUCGGCGGCUGCUGCCGGCCCGGAGGGGGCCCGACCGUGGGCGGAACCCUCAAGGCUAGGGGGGCCGGCAGCAGCAGCGGCUGCGGGGGCCCGAAGGGGAAGAAGAAGAACGGAAGGAACAGAGGGGGCAAAGCCAAUAACCCUCCGUACCUGCCCCCCCGAGGCUGAAGAUGGAAACAUUGAAUACAAAUUGAAGCUGGUGAAUCCAUCCCAGUACCGCUUUGAGCACCUGGUGACACAAAUGAAGUGGCGGCUCCAGGAGGGACGUGGUGAGGCCGUCUACCAGAUUGGGGUAGAGGACAAUGGGCUGCUGGUGGGGCUUGCUGAGGAGGAGAUGCGAGCUUCCCUCAAGACCCUGCACCGGAUGGCAGAGAAGGUUGGGGCAGACAUCACCGUUCUCCGAGAGCGAGAAGUGGAUUAUGAUAGCGACACGCCCCGGAAGAUCACUGAGGUGCUGGUACGAAAGGUCCCUGACAAUCAACAGUUCCUAGACCUUCGUGUGGCCGUCCUGGGGAAUGUGGACUCAGGGAAGUCGACUCUGCUUGGAGUCCUGACCCAGGGAGAGCUGGACAAUGGGCGGGGCCGGGCUCGGCUCAACCUUUUCCGCCACCUGCAUGAGAUUCAAUCUGGCCGAACCUCCAGCAUCAGCUUCGAGAUCCUGGGCUUUAACAGCAAGGGAGAGGUGGUGAAUUACAGCGACUCACGGACGGCAGAAGAGAUCUGUGAGAGCAGCUCCAAGAUGAUCACCUUCAUCGACCUGGCAGGCCAUCAUAAGUACCUACACACCACCAUCUUUGGCCUCACAUCAUACUGCCCUGACUGCGCCCUGCUCCUCGUCAGUGCCAACACUGGGAUUGCUGGCACCACAAGGGAACAUCUGGGGCUGGCCCUGGCCCUGAAAGUGCCCUUCUUCAUCGUGGUCAGCAAGAUCGACCUGUGUGCCAAGACCACAGUGGAGAGGACAGUACGCCAGCUGGAGCGGGUCCUCAAGCAGCCUGGCUGCCACAAGGUCCCCAUGCUGGUCACCUCUGAGGAUGAUGCCGUCACUGCUGCCCAGCAGUUUGCCCAGUCACCCAAUGUCACCCCCAUCUUCACAUUGUCCAGUGUGUCUGGAGAGAGUCUGGACCUCCUCAAAGUCUUUCUGAAUAUUCUGCCGCCACUCACCAACAGCAAAGAGCAGGAGGAACUCAUGCAGCAGCUGACAGAGUUUCAGGUAGAUGAAAUCUACACAGUACCAGAGGUGGGGACUGUUGUUGGAGGGACACUUUCCAGUGGGAUUUGCCGUGAGGGGGACCAGCUGGUGGUGGGCCCCACGGAUGAUGGCUGCUUCCUGGAGCUGAGAGUAUGCAGCAUCCAGCGCAACCGCUCUGCCUGUCGUGUGCUGCGAGCUGGUCAGGCUGCUACACUGGCGCUUGGGGACUUUGACCGUGCACUGCUUCGCAAGGGCAUGGUGAUGGUGAGCCCAGAGAUGAAUCCUACCAUCUGCUCAGUGUUCGAGGCAGAGAUAGUCCUACUGUUCCAUGCCACCACCUUCCGACGAGGAUUCCAGGUGACAGUACAUGUGGGCAACGUACGUCAGACGGCAGUGGUGGAAAAGAUCCAUGCCAAGGACAAACUGCGGACAGGGGAGAAGGCAGUGGUACGAUUCCGCUUCCUGAAACACCCAGAGUACCUGAAGGUGGGCGCCAAACUGCUGUUCCGGGAGGGUGUCACCAAGGGCAUCGGCCAUGUCACUGAUGUACAAGCCAUUGCAGCAGGAGAAGCCCAGGCCAACAUGGGCUUCUGAAUCCUCCAGGCAAGGACAGUUCUAUUGCUGUCCCUACAAUAUAUAAGGUGACAUCCGGCCAUGCUGCCCCACCAUUGGCGGCUCUGUGUGUUAAUAGGCUAGGGAGAGAGGAGUGCUGUCUGCCACUUGCUGCCUGCCAGCUUUCUGGAGAGGUGCCAAACUUGGUGUGGCCAGGGAAGGGCAGUCCUGAGGGAAAAGACAGGAUUCAGGGCGGUGCUCAAAAGCUGUGUGCUCAUCUGGUUGGUUCAUCAACCCUGGCAACCCUGUGGCCUGUCUGCUGGAGCUGACUUCAUCUACUCAUCAGUUCCUCUGCCCCACUACUAGGACUGGGCGUUUUGCUGGUGCGGUCUCUGCAUCACACAAGGGGUGGACCUCAAAAGCACUCCUUUUUCUGUACCUCUUUUCAAGGCCAUGUAAGUUGCCCAUCUCUACCUGACUGUGGACAGAGGUAUCUGCUUUUGGCCAUCUGGUGGUGGUGGCCCAGAAUCUGAAUGGCACAGGGACAGUGAAUGGUAGUGCUCCUACCCUGUGCUGAGGCCUGAGGCCUCUUCCUCAGCUUUAUCUCCCUAUCCUUCAAGGGCCACUUCCCCAGUCCCCGUCUCCCCCACCCCCUCCCAGCUCAUAGGCCCCACAGGUGCUAUUUGUUGUGCUGGCCCAGGUGUGGGGCUACCAAGCAAAGACUUGGCAUAUACCAAAGGCCAGCUGCAUGCCCAUCAGUCUGGUCCUUUUCCUCUGCAGUCAUGUUGGCUUUCAUGCUGGAUCAAAUGUUUUACAUCCCCAGACUGGUGGCAUCUGAGUUCCCCAUCCUGCCACUCUCACUCCUUUUUCCUGCCCCACCUAAACCCUCUUGUUUUAGUAAUUUGUUGUGACUGUUCCCUUCCCUCUGUUGCAGGGAACCAGGAGGAAAGGGAAAGAUGUUGCCAUAUUUCCUACUCUUUAGGCAUAGACUCUCCCUCUCCCUUUGUUAGUGUCCUGGGUUCCCAUGGACUCAGGGAUUUGUUGGCUGAGGUUUCUCUGUGCAUAUAUAUAUAUAUAUGUAUAUAUAUAUUUAAAUACACAUAUAUAUUGUACAGAAUAAAAAAUGUUUUAUUGAAUACACUGUGCUUAUGCUUAAGCUACAGGCUCAGCUUCCUUCCAGGGCUAGAUACCGCUUCAGGUUUAGAGACAAGGGAAACCCCAGCAUUGCUGAGCCCUGAAUGUGUCAAGAACCCAGCUGGUAUCUCAUUCACCAUUCUUUUUCUCUCCUUCACAUAGGAUCAGCGUUUCAGUACUGUAACCAAGCGUAGUGGCCUGUUUUGCGUAGUUCAAGUGAGCAGAGUACUGAGACCUUUCACCUGAAAUAGGUAGCUACCCUGUAUCUAAAGAGUUGGCCACUUGCUAGUGGUCAGAAUAGUAAGGAGCCCACUUCUACGACCUGUCAAAGACACAGUGCCAGCUACUUAAAGAAGAGUAGAAUUUAGAGACAAAAGGUAAUCUGAUCCUACACUUUUCAAGUCUAUAUAGCUUAAAUUACUCUUGGAACAAUGAGGGGCACGUGACCAAACCUUAGUCACUGCUCCUAUGUUCAGACUACUUGAUUUUGACAUUUAUGAGUAGAUAAAUAGGGCCCAAAGUCAACUGUAAAUAGAGACUGCAUUUUGAGCAGACUCUGGCAAAAUAAGUAUGUGACCCAGAGUCCUAUGUGGCAUUCUGCCUCUAGAGUAUUAAAGUGAUAGCUUCCCUACCACUCAGGCUGUUUUAUAAAAUAUAAUUGGUUUAACUUGCUACUAAGAAGCCUGUAGUUAAACAAUUUCCUCCUGUAUUAGGGUCUAAGCUGUUUACUUCCUCUAUAGAGCUGCAGACAAACAGCUGAGGAAGGAAAAGCUAUAUUCAGCAAAAAGGUACUGUAGUUUUCACCUGGUACUGACUUCUGCAUGCCUGUCUGCUAUCCCCUCCAUAGACCCAUUGCCAGUGUGCCAGGGCAUGGCUGGCAUUCCCAAGAAAAUAAGGUAUGCUGCUGGUAGUCUUUAUUGGUCAGCUACUAGCCACUUCCCCCUACACCCCUCCGAUUCUACCAGUUUGGGCCUCUGAAAAUACAGUGAAACCUAAGUCUGCAGCAUUGUUUUUAUGUCUCCAUGCCAGUUAACCCAACUGUUAAUUUAUUCAACUUGAUCUGUACAUUGCCAAGAGAUGAAAGCUUUGUUCAUAGUUUACUUAUCUUUUUCCUGUAUUAAAAAGGAAAUUUUGGAAAAUCA